GCGGAAGAGAUAACUUUAACAAUUGGCCAAGCAUUUGACUUAGCUUACAGGAAAUUUCUGGAAUCCGGAGGAAAAGAUGUUGAAACAAGGAAACAAAUUGCAGGUUUACAGAAAAGAAUUCAAGAAUUGGAAACUGAAAACACAGAACUGAAAAAUAAAGUUCAAGAUUUGGAAAACCAGUUAAGAAUAACACAAGUACAGGCAUCUCCA